AGUAGCGGGGAGGGUACGGACUCUGAGACCAACGAAGGAGAUGCGACACAGAAAGGGAUCGACUAUCAAAGUCCUUACGUGGUUUGUCAACUUUGCAAAAAAGUGAUUAUGGCGUCGAGGUUUUCAAAUCUGUCGAAUCAUGCUCGUCGACACUCGGUUAUCAAAAAAUUCAAAUGCGUCUAUUGUGAUCUUCAGCAUAACGAGCACGCAAAGAUACGUACCCAUAUGGCUAACAUGCACGCUGAUCGUUCAUCGAUGGCCAUAGACAACAGUUGGCGGAUGAAAAAAGUGUGGGAAUUCUUAUUACAGAAAUGUUUUCCUCACUACACGCCCAACAAUGAACCUCAGCCUGUAGUCGCGGAAAACGAUUUGGUAUUGCCGCCCAGCCCAGGGAGCGGCACGUUUGCCUGCGGGAUUUGCGGCUAUCAUGGAGUUGAUCAG